UUGCUUGAAGAAGCAGUCCAGUCUCUUUGUGAGGUAUACAGAAUUUCUGGACCAACAGUGUCCAACAAUGGAAUUGAAUCUUUUCUAGUAUAUCCAACUGACAGUAGGUUAGUACCUACUCAUCAGAAUGUUGUGGAAGAAGAAUCAACUACAGAUGGUACUAAUGGGUGCAUACAUCAAGAUCUCUUAGACGGAUCAACUACAGAUGGUACUAAUAGGUGCAUACAUCAAGGUGUCGUAGAAGAAUCAACUACAGAUGGUACUAAUGGGUGCAUACAUCAAGUUGUCUUAAAAGAAUCAACUACAGAUGGUACUAAUGGGUGCAUACAUCAUGAUGUCUUAGAAGAAUCAACUACAAAUGGUACUAAUGGGUGCAUACAUCAUGAUGUCUUAGAAGAAUCAACUACAGAUGAUACUAAUGGGUGCAUACAUCAAGAUGUCUUAGAAGAAUCAACUACAGAUGGUACUAAUGGGUGCAUACAUCAAGAUGUCUUAGAAGAAUCAACUACAGAUGAUACUAAUGGGUGCAUACAUCAAGAUGUCUUAGAAGAAUCAACUACAGAUGGUACUAAUGGGUGCAUACAUCAAGUUGUCUUAGAAGAAUCAACUACAAAUGGUACUAAUGGGUGCAUGCAUCAAGAUGUCUUAGAAGAAUCAACUACAAAUGGUACUAAUGGGUGCAUACAUCAAUUUGUCUUAAAAGAAUCAACUACAGAUGGUACUAAUGGGUGCAUACAUCAUGAUGUCUUACAGGAAGACUCAGCUACAAAUGGUACUAAUGGGUGCAUACAUCACGAUGUCUUACAGGAAGACUCAGCUACAAAUGGUACUAAUGGGUACAUACAUCAAGUUGUCUUACAAGAAGAAUCAACUACAGAUUGUACUAAUGGGUGCAUACAUCAGGUUGUCUUACAAGAUGGAGCUAGCUACAGAUGCUACUAAUCGGUGUAUACCUCAAGAUAGAACCAGAUGCAGUAGCUAUGGAUGUUACAUCUGGUAACCCCAUCUUCAGAACCAUUUAUUAACCGAUUAACUGUGGACAAUGGAUAUUUUCAUCAUUAAAGUUCGAUGGUUCAGCUGCGAACGACUGAAGGAUCCAUCAGUCGCACAUAUAUAACUAUAACUCUAUGCGAAUGACGAUAAU